AUGACAUGGCUUCCUGCUUCCUCCAUAGCGAGCGACAUUGAGCAGUUUGUUGUCAGAGUCGCUCUUACAUUAGCCUUUUUUUGCCUAGGCCCUGUACUUUUGUUUCUUGCUUUUGAUUUGUCUCUUUUCCUGCUCCGUUUCUUCAUCCACACUUCUUCCGAUACUUUUGGUCAUAUCAAACGCAGGCUCUCCGACCCGCAUCUUCAUCAAUCCUUUGGCGCGCCUCUCGCAGCCAUUAGCAGAUCUGCUUCUGCUGCAAGUUUGGCGAGACUUGCAGCAGGAUUUGCAAAUACUAAUGUGGUAUCUUCAUCUACUACUACUACUACUACUACACAAUCUUCUUCGUCUUCGUCUUCGUCUUCUUCUUCUUCUUCAACCUCACUCUCAUCAUCUUCCUCUUCAUUGCUGUGCAAUCUAAAAGGCCUUAAACAGUCGCUGGCGGCUGCAAUGGGGUCUUCGGCCACUGUUUCUUCAAUAGUAUCUUCAACCACUUCUGGACAAGUCAUCACCAAUAAGGCUUGUGCUGCUGCUGCUGCUGCUGCUGCUGCUGCUGCUGCUGCUGCAAAGUUACAAAAGUACUCUAUGACCCAUGCCAUCAAUGCUAUUUCCGACUCUGAGAGUGAUAGCGACAAUGAUUUCAUUUAUAUUUCUGCAUGUGGGUCUUCCUCAUCUUCUACAACAACUCCUAUUUCCACAAAUACUAUGGCUGGUCCUUCCACUUCUUCUUCUUCUUCUUUUUCGUCUACUUCUACUUCUACUUCUAGUUAUUCUACUAAAAGCGCUCUUCGUCAACGGUGA